UGGCCACACCACGAGGUCACCACCAGGCUGCGAGGCGAGACCCGCGAGCCUGCGAAAUGUUUGGGGGGCUGGGAGUUUGAGACUCUCAGAGAGCCCGUUUGAGUUUCCCCCCAACAAGAAAUCCCCAACUUUCCGAGUGUUGGGUCUGUCGGCAUCUACAGCUCUGCUCUCUCUCACCUCUGCGAGUCUGCAAUCUGCAGUGCUUUUCCUUGCCAUCGCCCAUUGGGCAUCAACUCGCCCAACGCCCAUUGCAGUAGGCCGUUGCAGCGCACUGGCACCGCCAACAGUGGCUGUCAUCGCCGUUUCUUCCUGUUGCAUUGGCCGCCGGUUCUCAACUGUAUAUCAGAAGACUUUGUAGUGGUGCACUUUUUCUGGCGAAAGGCUGCCAGCGACGGGAACCCUCAGCGGAGUUAUUACGGAUGUGCACUCUCAAAAACUCUGUCGAGAUUUCGGAGUGGAGAAGAAAGUAAAGUUGCGCCAAGCAACCUAUAAUUUCAAGAAACAGUCCAGACGGUUGGGGCGGCACUGAAGGAUGUAGUGUUUAACUUUAUCAUAAAAUGAUCCAACUGCAGAUUUCCUGAUAGACGUAUUUGCUCAUGCAGGAUUCAAAAGAUCAGCUAAUUCUCAUCCAUCCAACAUAACAAAUUUCUUUGGCCUUUCCUGUCAGAACUGAGACGUUGAGAUGAAGUGGGGGCGAACGGAUGGUAGUAUGGAAGACGGCAAUCCGUCGGUCUCGUCAUCAAGUAAUUCGCAGCCAGAUGAUGCCGCAAUGGAGUCUCGGCUCGUCGAAUUUUGCAAGGUAGGUUUGGCGCUGGACGAGAACAUGACAAACCAGGCGGUAGGGUUGUACCGGGAAAGCAAACAUCUUCUCUUGCUGAACAUGUCUGCUAUUGGGAGUGGCAGUCUGAAAGAAACAGAAAGAUUAUGGUUUGCGAUCGUCUUGUAUACUGUGAAGAGGCUUAGUGGUGCAGAUUCAUCAGAGACAACUGAAAGCGAACCGAAUGAUACUGGUUUUAGUUUAUACCAGCUGCUGAAAGUUGCUAAACUCAAUGUCAUUGAUUUCUUUAAAGAGAUGUCUCAAUUUUGUCUCAAAGCUGGCCCUGCUUUAAGCAAUCUCUAUGGAGCGGAUUGGGAGAGAAGGCUACAGGCAAAGGAGCUACAAACAAAUUUUGUGCACCUGACUGUUGUAAGCAAGUAUUACAAACGUGCAUACAUGGACCUGUUCUUGGCAAGUGGACAUGAAAAGAAACCGUCAGAACUUUCAGGCAAUCAGGGCCAUGUUCCUGAUUAUCUUCGAUUUGGGUGGUUGCUUUUUCUUUCAUUGCGUAUUCAUGCAUUUAGCCGAUUCAAGGACUUGGUAACAUGUGCAAAUGGGAUCAUUUCAAUAUUGGCCAUUCUAAUCGUUCAUGUUCCUGUUCGGUUUAGAAAAUUUUCUCUUCAGGAUACAUUACGCUUUGUUAGAAAGUCUGACAAGGGUGUGGAUCUUAUUGCUUCCCUUUGUAAUACUUAUCAUACCUCAGAGGAUGACCUGAAGAAAACUAUAGAGAAGGCUAAUAAUUUGAUAGUUGAAAUUUUGCACAAAACUCCCUCUCCUGCUUCAGAAUGCAAUGCAGAGUCCCUUGAUGAUAUUAUUCCUGAUGGUCUCACCUAUUUUCAAGAUUUAAUGGAGGAUCACUUAUUAUCAACAAGUAUGGAAAUUCUGGAAAAGGAUUAUGAGAAAGCAAUUCGUGACACUGGUGAGCUAGAUGAACGUGUUUUCGUAGAUGAGGAGGAGAGUAUAUUUGGAACUGGAAGUUUAUCAGGAGGUGCAGUGAGCAUGCCGGGGUCCAAGUGCAAGUAUGAAUCAUUCGCCUCACCAACAAAGACUGUAACAAGCCCACCAUCACCUCCAAGUUCUCCUCCAGCUUCAAUUACACACAAUAAUUUAGGCCUUUCUAGCUCAAAGAUGGCACCAACACCUGUAAGCAUAACAAUGACUACUGCAAAAUGGCUUCGGACUGUAAUUGGUCCUUUGCCUCCAAAGCCUUCACCAGAGUUGCAACACUUCCUCUCAUCCUGCGACAGGGACUUAACUGAGGAUGUUAUGCAUCGAGCUAAUAUAAUCUUGGAGGCCAUAUUUCCCAGCUCUAUUCCUGGAGAGCGGUGUAUAGCUGGUAGCCUUCAAACUGCAACCCGGAUGGACAGCAUAUGGGCAGAACAAAGAAGGGCAGAAACUCUAAAAUUAUAUUAUAGGGUUCUGGUUGCCAUGUGUAGGGCAGAAUCUCAGACAUUGCACAGUAAAAAUUUGACAUCAUUGCUAACAAAUGAGAGGUUUCAUAGGUGCAUGCUUGCUUGUUCUGCUGAAUUGGUUUUGGCAACACACAAAACAGUGACGAUGAUGUUUCCUGCAGUACUGGAAAGAACUGGAAUUACUGCCUUUGACUUGAGCAAGGUGAUAGAGAGUUUUGUUAGACAUGAAGAAACUCUUCCUCGAGAGUUGAAGCGUCACCUUAAUUCUUUAGAAGAACGUCUUUUGGAAAGUUUGGCAUGGGAAAGAGGCUCCUCAAUGUACAACUCUUUAAUUGUUGCAAAACCAUCUCUGGGUGCAGAGAUAAACCGGCUAGGACUUCUAGCAGAACCGAUGCCGUCGCUGGAUACAAUCGCAUUGCAACAGAACAUCACCGCUGGAAGUCUGCAAUCUCUCCCUGCUCUUCAGAAACAUGAAACUUCAUCUGAUAAUCAUGCUUCAACAUCUCCAAAGAAAGUCAUCUCAGACCCUGCAGGUGUUUUACUAGAGCGCAAUUCUUUCACUUCACCAGUUAAGGAGCACCUGGUGAGCUUUUCCUGUUUCAAAUCAAAGUUGCCGCCACCUCUGCAGUCAGCUUUUGCUAGUCCAACACGACCAAAUCCUGCAGAAGCUGGUGAAACAUGUGCUGAGAUGGGGAUCAAUGUUUUCUUCAGAAAGGUCCUCAAGUUGGCUGCCAUCAGAAUCAAGAGCUUGUGUGAAAGAUUACAACAACCUAAUACUGUAAUGGAGAGUGUUUACAGUCUCAUAAAGCAGAUUCUUGAUCAUCAGACAGCUUUGUUUUUUAAUAGGCAUAUUGAUCAGCUUAUUCUUUGCAGCCUUUAUGGAGUUUCAAAGAUAUCAAAUUUAAGCUUGACCUUUAAGGAGAUUAUUUUUAACUACAGAAAGCAACCUCAAUGUAAACCUCAGGUCUUCCGUUACGUUUUUGUGGAUUGGCCAUCAAGUAGUCACAAUGGGAAAGCAGGGCAGGAUCAUGUUGAUAUUAUUACGUUCUAUAAUGAGCUGUUUGUCCCAGCAGUGAAGCCUCUCCUUGUGGAGCUUGGUCCUGCAGGAACUCCCACUAAAACUGCUCGAGCAUCAGAAGAAAAUAAGACUGAUGGGCAAGCCCCAGGAUCACCUCGAGUGUCAUUGUUUCCUAGUCUUCCAGAUAUGUCCCCUAAGAAAGUAUCUGCAUCACACAAUGUCUAUGUGUCUCCUCUGAGAUCAUCGAAGAUGGAAACUUUGAUAUCACACAACUCGAAAAGCUAUUAUGCCUGUGUAGGUGAGAGUACUCAUGCAUACCAAAGUCCAUCCAAGGAUUUGACCGCCAUCAACAACCGGUUGAAUAGCAAUAGGAAAGUUAGUGGUCGGCUCAACUUUGAUGGGGCUGGUUUGGUCAGCGAUUCCCUUGUUGCGGGUAGUCUAUAUCCUCAAAACGGCAGCUCUGCUCCUGCUAUUGAUGCUGCUACUUUGAGUUCACCGUUGAAGCGCAAGCAAACAGAUAGGUAGUGCGUGAAUCCAUCCACCUUGUAUUUAAUCCCCAUUUUCUUGACGUUUUUUCUUUCGUGUGUACAUGCUCUGCUAGAUGUUGGGGGGUUGAAGGGGAAACUCGGUAUAUGGAAUGGCAUUGUCGACCCGCCGUUUCCUCUAACGUGCUACAUCCAGCCCCCACACACACAGAGCACUGGCGCUGUUCUUUCCUAACCAGCCUAAUUUAAUAAUAUCUUCUGAUUGUCUUGCCCUCAA